GUGUAGUGCGCAGCUGCAGACUCAGCGUUGGCAGAGGAGGGAAGAUAUCUGAAGGGUGCUGUAAUGCUGCUGCCUUAUUUAACCUGGAUUUUUCGAUGAACAAGAUGGUGACACGGGCCAUGGCUGCUUCUGUGUGCUAGUGCAGGCUUGGCACUUGCCGGGAGGUGCCUGGGAGGGCCGGGAGCUUGUUAUGAGGGCCGCGAGGGCUCAUAAAGUUGCCCUCUUGAGAAAUUGCUGCUGGUCGUUUGUACUGUAUGGUUUGUCACUGCUGCUUAGGAGAGAUUUGGUCAUAAACAUUUGUGCAAAUCUCUCUCCUGUUCCUGUGAAAGCCAAAUAUUAUGCAGUGAUGUUACGAGGUGCUGGGUUCAGAUUUGUUCACUCUGUUUUCAUCACAUCUGCCCGAAGGAUCAAGUAUGCAUUUGACAAGCACCUUUUUGCAACAAAUGUUACAAUUUCACUUACAUUAUCAGGAAUGGGUGAUAUACUGCAGCAGCAUCAUAACAUAAUCAGACAACAGCAGCACUCCUGGGACAGGGCUCGGACAUGCCACAUGACCUGCACUGGUGUGACAGUGGGUACUCUCUGUCACCAUUGGUACCUGCUCCUGGACCGCUGCCUGCCAGGACGCUCACUGGCAGUAGUGUUACAGAAACUUGUGGUUGACCAAUUGCUGUUUUCACCAGUGUGGAUUGCUGUGCUAUUGGUUUCCCUGAAAUUGUUCCAGGGUAAUGACUGGAAUGCUAUCAGUUCUGAUGUAUGGCACAAGGGCUGGCGCCUGUACAUAGCAGGGCUGCUUAUAAAUUCCCCAGCACAGCUAGUCAACUUUUAUCUGCUGCCCACUAAAUUUAGGAUCCUCUAUGAUAACUCUGUCUCCCUUAUGUUUGAUGUUUAUACCUCCCAUGUCUGUUAUAACAGUAAUAUUGUGGAGAAUAAUUAGUAUGUGUGUAUUUGAAUAUCCACAUGGAGGCAUUUCUAAUAAUAGAAAUAAACUAUCAAAGAAUGGAUAUUUGAAUGUGGAUUAAUUUAAAUGAUAUAAAUUCAUAAAUUCUUCAGAAAUGUGAUGUAGGCACACCAUAUAAUUUCUCUUGACAUUACAAAGUUGAAAACAAAGAAAACAAUGAAAAUAUGGAUUUUAAGAGUGUAAUUUUUUACUGUAAAUUUAGUUUUAAGUUGAAUAUGAUAAUCUGUGCACUGCCCUUGUGAUGUCAAAAGUGUCUUGGAAACA